CAUUCCGCAGUCGAUUCCAAACGCAGACGCCGUGUCGAUCAGCCUCAUUCCUUGGGCGGCGCAGCGGAAGAAAUUAGAGCUCUCAUCCCGCGAAAUCGCAUCCCAAUUCCUAUUACCGUUUCUCUACGCUGCGAGGAAGCGCGAGUAUCCGCGGUUUGCUGUGUUUGUUCGCUGCUUGCUGAGGAACCAAAAGUUUCAUCUUGAGGGUUUUUUUUUUUCUUUGCGGCGCAGCGGAAGAAAUUAUAGAUCUCAUUCCGCCAAUUUGGAACCCAACUCCUCUUCCUCCCUCUCCCUCUCUCUACGCGGCGGUGGAACCGCAUAGAAUCCGUUGUUUGCUUUGUUUCUCUGGCUGUUGCCUGUUCUUCCGAUCAUUGCUGCUUGCCGAGAUACCAAAGGUUUCAUCUUGCGGCUGUUCUUGCCGUUGUUACUGGAAUCUCCAAUCUGUACCGUCCUCGUUUUUGGGAUACGGAAGGAGAUUAUUAGGCGAGGUGUUGGAGCUGUUCGUUAACCCUUUCUCAUGGCUGCGGGCGGAAGCUUCGAUCAGUGGCAGAAAGACGUGUUUUUUACCGCCGCGGAGGAGGUCCAGGAAUCGGCCGAUACGAUGGAAUCAUUCUAUAGAAUGUGGAUGAGAAAUCGCAGGGAUGGGUUUGAUUUAGAAGCUUUAGAUGAACUGCUUAGGGAGCUUCAAACUGCCUUGGGAACUGCUAAAUGGCAGCUUGAGGAGUUUGAGAAGGCUGUCAAACUAAGCCAUGGAAGCUUUUCUUCCGAGGGCAAUGCAAUCACUAGGCACAGGCAAUUUGUAUCCGCUAUUGGGAAUCAAAUUUUGCGAGUCGAGAAAGGGCUGAAUGAUUCAUUGAUUGAAGAAGGGAAACACCCACUGCGUUGGGUUCAAUUGAAUGAGGAAGAACGAGAAGAUCUUGCUGAUUUUCUUUCUGGGGUGCCCCGAGACCGACCCCGAGCAAACCAUGUUGAUGGUAGCAGCAGUCCAGGUUCUGCUAUGUUAAACAAGGACAAGCAAUAUGUGAUUGAAAUUGAGGUAGAAGAACCUUAUGAACAGGAAAAUUAUGUGACAGCUUCUGAGUUAGAGCAGUCUUGUGUGCAAAAGGGGUUGUUAGGUUCACCAGUUAUCAGUGCUUGGAAAAUUGCUGUUGCCAACGAAGAUAUAGAAAAAGGGUCUGUUGAAGCUAGAUCAGAGAGGCUAAGUUAUAAAUCCGGUCAACAUGUUGCUCUACGCAAUGUUGUAUCUACAUCGAAGUGGAAACAGCUAAUGAACAAUAUCUUGAAAGCUAAGAAUGAUGAUGAUGAUCAUCGAAUGCAUAGAUUAUCUCAUUGCCUUGACCCAAAGGGAAUAACUCGAUUCACUCAGGCAAUUAAUGGAAACCGAAAUUGCUCAAACAAUAGCAACCAAGAGACUAAACUUCCUUAUUCUCAACAUCUCGCUAGUAAUGUUGGCACACACCGCAGACAUAUAGGUGGAUCUCGUCAGCAAAUGCAUUAUAUCCGUUAUCUAUGGAUAACUUUCUUGUUCUUGUUGAGUGUUGUUUUAGUCGUACCAUUCGUUCGCUUCUCCAGAUGAAGACUUCCACUUUAUGCUGCUCAAAGUACGGGGUAAGGAUCCUACUCUCCGAGUGAUACUUCAAAAGAUUUGGUUCAAAUCUUUCAGUAGUUCAAAAUGUAGAUGAUACAGACGAUGCCUGAAUUUCGAUGAUUUAUCAAAUAUUUGGGAUCAACUUCUCAUACUUUGUCAUUAAAGCAUAUGUUUAGUGUUUAGAAUGUAUUUCAAAUUGUUUCGUAUGUUUUUCUUGAUGAUUUAUUUAUUUAUUCUUCUAUGAAGGCUAUCAAACAUUCAAGUGAUGGAUCAUAUGAUUCAUGGUUUGUUUUUCUUGUCA